AUGAGCAAUACUCCUGAUAUGAAGCCAACGGCUGAGGAGUUGGAACUCAGGACAAUGCCGACGCUGGACGUCGCUCGCACAGCCGAUGACACCGGGGAGACUCAGUCACCAACAUUUGUCCAUGCGCAGCGCCAGAGAGGUAUUGUCAAAAAGUUCGAUAGACAUAUGCUCCCGAUUGUUUGUAUCCUCUAUGUCCUCUCGUACCUUGACCGCGGUAAUAUCGGGAAUGCAAAAACUGCUGGUAUUCAGGAAGAGUUGAAUCUUGAUGACCAGGAUUGGACUUGGGUCCUGCAGGGCUUCUAUAUCUCUUAUGUCCUCUUUGAGUGGACCCAACUCUUCUGGAAGCUAUUCCGGCCCACAUUUAUGUUGCAGUACUAUGUUUCCUCCUCCUGUGGAUUUAUCCCUAUACAGCUUAUUCCAAACAAGGAUAUCCUCCGGAAGUAUCCCACCAGAGUUAUCUUCUGGGGCGUAGCUGCGAUGGUCUCCGGCGCCACUCACAACUUAGCCAGCCUGGUGGCUGUCCGCGUUCUGCUGGGCAUAUUUGAGGCUUCAUUCGGUGCUGGCGCUCCUUACUUCUUGUCGCUCUUCUACCAGAGACAGGAGCUGGGAAAGCGUGUCUCGUUUCUCCUCGGGAUGUCGCCACUGGCAAAUUGCUUUGCGUCCGCUCUUGCAUACGGCAUAAUCCAAAUACGCAGCUCGGUGUCACCCUGGAGAUUACUUUUCAUCAUCGAGGGAGCACCUACUAUUGCGUUCUCGGUCGUGGUCUAUCUAUUCCUGUGCGAUUCCCCCGACACAGCCAAGUUCCUGUCCGCAGACGAGAGGACCGAUUCUCUUACCAGGCUUGAGACUAGGGAUCGGACCGCUAAAGCAAAAGUGAACUGGGAUCAGAUUGCUGCUGGCCUCACAGACUACCAGAAUUACGUCCAUGCUCUGAUUCACUUCAGUUGUAACUACUCAUUCGCUGGCCUCUCAAACUUCGCCCCUACGAUCGUGAAGGAUAUGGGCUACGACCAUAUUUCGGCACAAGGGCUGGUUGCUCCUGCUUAUUUCGCAUCCUUCCUCUGCUGUAUGCUCGCUGCCUGGCUGUCGGACAGGUACAGCAGGAGAGGUUGGGUAGUCGCUGGGUUCUCCUCCAUCGGCGCCGUGGGUUAUCUACUACUCGCUGCUAUCCAGGACGGGACUAAGACUGGUGCGCGCUACACUGGGCUUUGGUUGGCAGCUUGUGGCAUAUUUCCCGCACUCUGCAUUAAUAUGACCUGGCUUCUCAAUAAUCAGGGGGGUGACUCCAAAAGGGGCGCAGGCCUGGGAAUCUUGGCCACUUUUGGUCAGACUUCUUCCUUCGUGAGCAGCGCUCUAUUCCCCAGCAGCGACGGACCAUUCUACGUCCACGGUACCGCAACGGGAUGUGGCCUGAGCGGCAUGAUCACACUUCUCGCUAGCCUCGGACACAAGUUGCGGCUGUGGGGAAACCAUCGAAGAUCUCUGCUGGAGUCGGUUGUCCGUAGGUUUCCGACAAUUGCCGGCGGUUACAUCCGCACGGUACAUCCCCGCCGUCCGAAACUUGAUGGGUCGUAUGCGCGACUCUACCACCUGUGGACGGUGGUGAGCAACUACAGUAGCUUCAAGAUCGAUACGCGGCCAGGAUUGUCGAUAAUGCCACGAACGGAUAGCGUCGCCUCUACACGGUCGAGUGACGCGCCCGCGUCCGCAUCGGCCUUCCAACGGGCCUACAAAGGCAGAAAGCGCAAGACAAAAUGCAAUAUCACUGUGGAAGAGUACUCGUCCGGCUCUCCCUGUGCCCGCUGCCGCCGUGAGAUGCGGGAGUGUGUCUUCCCUGCCCAGCGUCAUGGCACGAGACAGUCUUUUGGAGGAAACAAAACCAGAGAAGCCCUUCGACGGUCAAGCGCGGAAUUCAGCCAGCAUCUCAUGCCAGAUGCCAGUGAACAAGUCUCUCGUGAGGAAUAUGCAUCGCCGCCUGCCACGACACGCCUGUCAGUAUCAUCUGCCGCCAACCAGCAGGGCAAGGGGACAUGCCCUGAUGGACCAUACAGGGGGCUGCAACCAGCAUCCUCCGAUCUUCUGGUGGCUGACUCCGUGAUGCGGACGGUGGUUUCGAAUGGACACGAUGCUCUAAACCUUCUCUUUGAAGCGGCAAAUCAGAGCAGCCAGCCCGAAAUUCAGAGUCCAAGCUCAAGGGAUCUACAUGGCCACACGCCACACUCCGGUACUGGAAACUUCUCUGCGGCUGCCUGCACAACCAGUCCUGCCAGCUCGAUACCCGUCAGCACGUACCUGGCGUCCGGCGUCAUGGUGUCAAGUAAUAACACGGACGUAUUGGAGGUCUGGAGUGCAUUCCGAUUCGUGAGGAUGGGAUGGCUGUCCGCACAAGAGGCACUUGCGCUUGUUGACCUAUUUUUCCAGAACAUGUCCCCUCUAUCGCCUAUCUUGGAUGACUUCUACGCCGACCAUGCGAACCACUUCGACCUGGUCACUCGCGAGCCGCUACUCGGAUGCAUGAUACUGACCAUCUCAUCUCGAUAUCACAGCGUGUCGACGACUGUUGGUCAGUCAAGAGGAUACCUGAUCCAUCAGCGGCUCUGGGAUCACUGCCAGCAUAUCCUGGUGCGGAUCCUGCUAGGGCAGGAGAAACUUUCUAAGGCCAAGACGCGGACAUUGGGCUCCAUCGAGGCGUUGAUACUCCUGACCGAAUGGCACCCACGGGCUUUACAGGUGCCUCCGGUCUCUGAUGGCUGGGAUUCUGACAUGAUCAUGACACUUCCGGAUGCUCGCGAUCAGAACGGUGCGGCUGUCGACAACCCAACCCGAGACAGGUGGCUCGAGGACGUGAUCCAACCUGCGCAGCGGUCUGACAGGAUGUCCCGGACAGUACUUGGCAUGGCAAUGUCGCUCGCCAAUGAAUUAGGCGUGUUUGACCAGCACGAAGACUCUGUCUCCGAGAACUCGUCUCAAUACGACAUCCGGCAGUACUACCGGCGCAGAGCCCUGGCGAAGCUGUUGUUUCUGUACCAGGAACAGCUAUCGUCGAGGCUUGGCUGCAAGUCGCUGAUGCCCGAGAGUGUGACCCAUGGAAUAAUGUCCUCUAGCAUGUCGAAUUUGUCGUUUUCAAAGCAUGGGGAGGACUGGAAUGCAUUCAUCAUUGCUUGGACGGAACUCACCAAGACGGUGCGGUCCAUUUCUGACGUGCUGUUCCCGUCCCAGACCAUCACGAGCCAGCUGCUCCGCAGCGGCCGCUACAUAAGCAUAAUCGAGCAUUUCAGGCUAUUGCUGUCCAGCUGGGAAGAGAAACAUCUUAAAAAAUCUGGUACCAAGAAACAUUUCUAUGAUAUCCUAAUCGUUGAGUACCAGAACACACAAAUAUAUGCCAACUCUCUGGGUUUACAAGCUGUAAUACAGCGUACCCUAGCCGGCUCGGAUAACGGCUCGACCGCGGGUCAGAUCGACUUCAGCCCGACAGACUACAGCUUCAUCCAGGCAGUCGUCGACGGCUGUCUCGAAACACUAAAGGUAACAUUCUCGCUCGCCCAGAGAAAAACACUGAAGUUCGCCCCAGUGGGAAUGUUCCUGCGGAUAACCACAGCUUCGGUCGGCGUCAGCGCGACAAAGCUCCGCCGCUCAUUGGACACGCUGAAGCAGGCGAUAUGGGCACUGCGUAGCAGCGCACCGGAUGAUCUUCAUCUCUGCGGACGCUACGCAACGCUCAUGGAGACGAGCCUAAGCCGUCUCCAGGACUGCUUCGUGCCUUCGUCGCGGCCCACGAGCUUUGCCACGCGUCCGCCGUCUGCGGAGAGAGAGGCAGACCCAAACAGCUUGGACUUUCAGAAUGAGUUGGGUCAGCUGCCUGGGCUGGAACUUGAUGCCAUCGGCGGUGUGGCAAACGGGGAGGACAUGGAUGAAAGCUGGCUCGCCCUGCCCUUGGAUCCAUCGAUGGUGCCGUUCGGGCUCGAUGCUUCGAAUGGUUUUCAGUGGCUUGGGGACGACUCGUUGGAUUUCAUCUUCUCUCUUGCUACUGACCGCAGCAAAGUCCUUCUAUCAACCAUGCCUCCGCCCGACAGCACUGAAGAGGCCGACGGCCCAGCCCUCACCAUGACCGAAGAGGCCAAUAUUUUGAGAGAAAAAGCAGCAAAGCUCGCGGCCUUCAUGGACUCCGACGCGUACCAGCUUGCAUGCCGCACCGCAGUUCAAGCCGACAAGCUCAAUUUGAGCUGA